CGCGCCGGAGCCCGCUGGCGGCGCGGCCGAGCGCUCUGCGGUGCGGGGCGGUGGCUUAGUGGGAUGGCAGAUGAGGAGGAGGACCCCGCUUUUGAGGAGGAAAAUGAAGAAAUUGGAGGAGGUGCAGAAGGAGGACAGGGUAAAAGAAAGAGACUCUUUUCUAAAGAAUUACGGUGCAUGAUGUAUGGGUUUGGGGAUGACCAGAAUCCUUACACGGAGUCGGUGGAUAUUCUUGAAGAUCUUGUCAUAGAAUUCAUCACUGAAAUGACUCACAAGGCAAUGUCAAUUGGAAGACAAGGUCGUGUUCAAGUUGAAGAUAUUGUCUUCUUGAUUCGAAAGGACCCAAGGAAGUUUGCUAGAGUUAAAGACUUACUAACUAUGAAUGAAGAACUGAAACGGGCUAGAAAAGCAUUUGAUGAAGCGAACUAUGGAUCCUGACACCUUUUGUACUUUCUGAAAUGUCAUUCUUAUCUAUGGAAACAGUAUCUUGUUGCUGUAUGCCUUCUACAGUCAUGUCCUGAUAGCUAGGCAAGUAAAUGAAAGAUGGGGAAAUAGGAAGUUUUCAAAGCCUUUGUUUUCAUGUCUUCAGCAUUAGGGUGGUCCUUUCAUUGCCUGCCCUCAAAUGACCGUAUUUUAAUGACAUACGCUAAAGCAUUGUGAACCACGCAGUAUCAUCUGGCUUUGACACUCUCAGGUGGGCGGCAGUGUUUUAUGUCUUGGGCGUAUUUGUGCCAUGCAAGCUAUACUGCAGAUGCUCAGUGUGUGAAAUCUAAAUGUCCUAUUGACCUUGUGACAGCUGAGCCGUGUGCUUCAUGCAUUCAGAAGUCCUAGACAAUGAUGGUCUGAGAGGUUAUUAAAGAUGGCAAAGUGGUUGGUUUUUCUUUUAAGGUUGUGACAUAAGAAACUAAAUUUUGGUAGGAAUAUUUGUUUUAGAAGAUAUUUUGUUUUAAUAUUCUUUUCUAAAUAAUACAAGAAUGAUUUCUUCCUCUUUUUUAUAACUAAAGAUUUUAUCCAAUGCUUCUAUGUUGAAAGGGUUUUAAGAUUUAAAACCUUUCUAGGCUUAUAUCAUAUGAUUUGUUAAGUUUUAAAAGAUCUCAUUUUCCCAGAUGACAUUAAUCCUUCUAAAAAUAAAUGCUUUCAGUAGCAGAAAUGGCAGUGCUUAAAAAACUGAUGCCAGGAUAAGUAUUUGGGCUAUUUUAUUAUAGUACUUGUUCACUGUCAGAAUGUGUACUUGAUUAAAACCAUAUGUGACAAUACAAACUACUUUUGUAUAAGGCUUUGUGUGCAUUUAGAUAAUUGCAUUAAGUUAUUGUAUUUAAUGUAUCAUGAGGAUUAAAAUUGAAUUUAAAGAGAUCACUGAAUGGCGAAACAACUGUUUGGUGCUGCUUAUCAUGUAUAAAUCAGUACUUGGCAAAUUACUACUAAAUUGAUAAGAGGAAUAAAGAAUGAAGAAUUAAACACAGUAA